UCUACCUAUGGAGUGUGGAACACCUCAGCAUGGCUGAAUGCAGUCUGUAAUGAACCAACUAGUGGACUGUGUAAUUAGCUGGUAAUUACCCAUCUAAACCAUUUCUUUUUUCAUAAAUCAAUUUCCUUUUUUGUUUUUCAAAGAAUAAAUUCAUUGAAAUUGAAUUUACCUUAUAAUCCGUGAAGUCUUCAUAUAUCUUUGGAGCUGAGUAAAAAUGAGUUUCCAAGCUGACUCACGAGAAAAUGAGUCGCAAACAAAUAAAACCACUCAACCGCAAACGAUGAGUGUCCCUUCCAUUGAUGCCGGAGGGAAAACGGACGUUUCUAUCGAAAAGCAACCUGCUACUGAACCUGAACAAUCCAACACGAACUCGCAGAGUGAAGGGAUUAAGGAAGUCCGUGUGCAGGGUUCCAAUGGAGCGAAUGAGUCAUUGGAAGUGCCAGACUCCAUGAAAGCUCCUGUAGCUGAUGGCAGCGCUAAAGAAGAGCUCCCAGCCACAAAGCAAGUGAGGGAUGAGAAAGCUAAAAGCAUAUAUGACAGAGAUUUAUUGCUAGAAAAAAAUGAUCGUCUCGUGAGCUUUUGCAAGAAGUAUAUUCCUUGGUUAAAACCGGAGCAGAUUGAUCUUGGGUUGAGAUGGAAAGAAAUUUUUAUUCAAUACUCAUCUGACUCACGCUUGGUUCUUUUGACUGGCUUUUUAUCAUUUUUAUUUGGUUAUUUUCGAUUUGGUUUUCUAAGUCUAUUCGUUGUUAUGGCUAUUUGCAUACAGUAUCAUAGGAUAAGUACUCGUCGUGUACGUAUGAGUUUUCGCGACGAUUACACCAGAUAUCUUUCUGUCCGAAGAUUGGAAAGCAACCCAGAAAGUGUAACAUGGUUGAAUGCUUUCUUGCAACAAUUCUGGUACAUCUUCGAACCUACUUUGAGCAGUACAGUCAUUGAAAUUGCCGAUCAAGUAUUGUCCGAAAACAUUCCUAGUUUUCUUGAUUCAAUGGUUUUAUCGACUUUCACUCUUGGUACAAAAUCUCCUCGUAUAGAGUAUGUUCGCUCUUACCCUAAGACUGAAGAAGAUGUAAUUAUGAUGGAUUGGAAGGUUUCAUUUACACCCGAGGAUUUAAGUGAUUUAACUGGUCGUGAAAUUGCUUCCCGUGUCAAUCCCAAAAUUGCUUUGGAUAUCAAAAUUGGUAAAAGUGUUGCUAGUGCAAAAAUGCCCGUACUCGUUGAAAAUAUCUCUUUUUCUGGACAUCUUCGUGUAAAAGUUAAACUCAUUGAUGAAUUUCCUCAUGCAAAAACCGUGGGAAUCACUUUCGUGGAAAAGCCUGCUUUUUCUUAUGUACUCAAGCCUAUUGGAGGUGAUAAACUCGGAUUUGAUAUCAAUAAUAUUCCGGGACUCACUACCUUCAUCAACGAUCAGGUUCACGAGAAUUUGGGACCUAUGAUGUAUAGUCCCAACGUAUUUGAAUUGGAUAUUCAAUCGAUGGUAGGUUCUUCUAAUCUUGAGGUUGCCAUUGGUGCUGUUGAGAUUCAUCUCAAGCGUUGUGAAUCACUGAAGGGUGAUGUUCUCGGUUCUGUUGACCCAUAUGUCGUAAUUAAGAAUUCCUUUGGAAAGAAAAUUGGCACCUCCAAGACUGUUCAAAACACUACUUCUCCAACGUUCAAUGAAACUUUUUAUGCUAUCAUCAACUCUUUUUCGGAAAACCUCAUUCUUGACGUUUACGACUUUAACGAUCUUCGCAAGGAUAAAUUAAUUGGUACUGCUGUUGUUGCUCUUUCAGCUUUGGAAGCUAUGCCUGCUUCUAACGAUGUCAAGACUCCUGUCACUUUGAGUAAUAAAGAACGAGGAACAUUAGUUUUUGAUACCAAAUUUUAUCCCACAAUUAACGUCGAAGAAGAAGAUUCUGUAAAGAUUGAAGGACCGGGAAUUGUACAGUUCACUGCUCACCAAUGUAAGGAAUUAAGCAAGGACCCUUCAAAGCGUCACACUGCAUAUGCCAAUUUAGCCAUUAAUGAUAAAGUUAUGCAUACGACUCGUAAAAUCAAAAAAAAUAACAACCCUUCAUGGGAAGAGUUCUGUGGUACUGUUGUUCCUAAGGGUGAAAAGGGUAUGCUUGGUAUUCAGGUAUUCACAGAUGAUCACAGUCAUCCCUUUGGUACUCUUAAUAUGAGUCUUCAAGAAUUGGUAACCGCUACCCAGAAGGGCCUGAACUGGUUCCAGUUCCCAACUGCCGCUGGUGGACGAGUUCGCUUAUCAGCUACAUGGAAGCCUAUCGAAAUGUCUGUCGGUGACCCUGGCUCUCUUGCUGUUGCUGUUCCCAUUGGAGUUAUGCGCGUUCAUAUUAAUUCAUGUAACAGCUUGCAUUCAAAACUCCCCGGUAAAAAGUGUGAUGCUUAUGUCCGUGCUCUUUCAUACAGCAUGGAGCAAGGUAGAACAGUGGUCAUAAAGGAUAGUUUGAAUCCCUCCUGGGAUGAAUAUGUUUAUGUUCCUGUUAUGACCAAACACGAUACUUGCCAGCUUCAAGUUAUGCAGUUUGAGUCACACGGUGAUGAUACUGUUAUUGGUUCACUCUCUAUUCCCGUGUCCAAAUUUGUUCAACAAAGUGAAAAUGGUACAUUCCUUGAAUACCAUGAACCUAGUGAGCUUACCAACAACUUGAUUUCGUCACGCGGUGUACAAGGUAAAUCUACCAUCAAAUAUCGAUAUGACUUCUAUCCUUUGGCUUCUGUUCCUGGAUUAGCGAAUAAAGGACCUUCAUCAGUCAAUGCGUCACCCGCGGUCGAUGCUGUUGGUGCGCCUGAAACUGGAAAGGAUUCUCUUGCAAAGAAACAGCCUUCUUUGCCUUCGCAACUAUUGUCUCCGCUUGAAGUUACCACUGAGUGUCUGAAAUAUGAGUCUGGCUUCAUGUCUUGGGAUGUAAUAUCAGGACAGCUAUCAGGUAAAUACAAACUGGCAAUAUUCCUUGAUGAUCUUCCCCACCACAUUUAUAUGUCACCUGUUCUUAAAGGUCCUAAUGGCAGUACUAUCCAUGAAUUUGGUCGUACGUUUAUCAGACAGCUUCAAUUUUCACAAUGCUCUUUCAAACUUUUAGAUGGUACAAAGAUUGUUGGCUCUUAUGUUUGCCCUACUAAAAAGUUGAUACAGGAAGGAAGUUCUAAGCCUUUCAAAUUAACUUUUGACAAAGGUGGUUCCUUCUCAAUUGCUUUCCGGUUUACACCGGUGGUUUUGGAAUUAGACGAGAAGGAGAAGUAUGAAAACAUGGGUAAAAUGACGGUAGACGUACUUAAUGCUACCAACCUUGCUAGCGCUGAUUCCAAUGGAAAGUCCGAUCCUUUCGUUAUAUUUGAGCUCCAAGAUGAAGAAGUGUUUACUACGAAGACUGUUAAGAAAAAUCUUAAUCCUGUAUUUAAUGAAGGAUUUGAGGUUGAACUUCCAUGCAAGCAAACGAGUAAGUUUAUUGCCAGAGUUUUUGACCGUGACUUUGGAAACCAAAACGAUCCUUUAGGAAACUGUGUUAUUGAUCUGAUUAAGCUUCAGCAACAUGAGUACACUAACUUUGAGUUGCCUCUGGACAGUAAUCAAGGAACCUUGAAUUUGAGAAUUCACCUUGAACCUCGAUGGGUUUUGCGUUCAAAGCGUGCAGGAAAUUCUUCUUUUGCUGAGGAUAUCUUGGGACAAACAGCACAAUUAAUGGCUAUGCCAUUAGAAGGGAUAUCUUCUCUUGGGGAAGCUGCUUUUGGUGGAAUUAAUGCUGCUGUUGAUGGAGUUACAUCUGUCGCUAAUUUCACCAAUAAAAUGCGCAAAGGUUUCUCUCGUGGUCUUAAGAAAGACAAAUAAUUUCUCUUUUAAUUUGCAAUCUACUGAGAUAUGGUGGCUUCGCUGACAUCUAACUUUUUAGUUUAAUUUUUUUUUUUUGAAUCGCUACAGCAGAAAGCAACUAUACAUAUCUAGACUAAGCUCAAUUUAAUCAUUAUCAGCAAUAAUUUAAAAGUAAAACUUAAGUAAAG